UCUCAGGGUCCACAAUCUCUCAUGGUUUGUCUCCCCCUCUGAUUUCCCCCCCUUCAUUUUUCCCUUUCUUCUCCUAAUGUCCUCCAUGCUAUUCCUUAUGUUCCACAAAUAAGUGAAACCAUAUGAUAAUUGACAAUUUCCAAGUUUAUAAUAGGAGUAUAUUGAACUACUUGUUCAGCCAAGUGUGAGCUGGUAUUGUUGGAUAUUCAGGCAGGGCUGUUAUUCUGUAAAGUACAAAUUCCUACCCAGGGAGACCCACCUAGGCAGUUUCGUGCCACCAACGUAGUAGCUCUUAGGGCAGGUAGUUCACAUAACUGGUCUCCCUUUUUUUUCAAACGUAUAAUUCUCUUAGUGGCAGUGUCUUGAGUUUUCAUACAUUUGAUGGUAGUUUUUCGGUGAACACUGGUAGGCAGUUAUAAACCAGUUGCGACUGCAUUCAUUUUAAUCUCAUUCAGAGGGAAGAAGGGAGCAAAACUCUGCAGGCAGGGGCCGUGCUCAGAGCCCCCUUGCUAUCGGGGUUCGUGUCAUCAGGGCUCAGUUUUCUGGCUCCUCUGAAAAAGCUAAUUCGGUUUCUUGAGGCAUUUACUCACCCAGCAGACAGCUGGCUCUUUGCCAAGAACGGUUGACAAUUACUGCUUCUCCGGAGGCUGAUUAGCAUGCAUUGUUACCAGGUCCCUAAGAAUAAUUUUGCUUACCUAUAUAAUAAUUUAAGAAUUUAAUCAUUUCCAAACAUGUCCUAAGUUAUUUAGUCCUUUGUCAGCAUCUCAGUUCCGUUCUAGAAGGUUGUUUUUUUGUUUUUUUAAGCAUUCGCUGUGGGCACGAGUGUGUGAAAUAUAAGGGAAGUGUUUCCAAAUAGGUUGUUUUUUCUAAUAAUAGAAUUCCUUACAUUCUUGUGCUGCUUUAUAGCUUCACACACAUCUCAUUUGAUGGUCAUAACAGUCCCAUGAGGCAGAAGCGGAGCGGCGUGUCUCCCCUUUUCACAGAUAAAGAAACUGAGGCCUUGGGAAGGCAGGGGUUUGCUCGGGUCCGCACAGCUCGUCAGCGUUGCGGGCGGGCCUGGCCCGUGAGCCUGACCCACGAGAUCAGUGUGGGUGGCUGUUGGAGGAGCUUUGAAGGGAGGGCAGCCCGCGUGGCCAGAGGCCCCUGGCUGCCCCUUUGUGAAUGACACCGAGGGAGGCCUCAUUCUCUCCCCUACGUCACUGCCUCAGGGAGCCUUUCAAAUGGGCCAUUUUUGACACUUGUCUGAAGCAAAACAUUUGAUACCCUCUUCUUCUCCACACUGAAAACUAGACCCGUUCUUUAUCGCAGGAAACAAACAAAAAAAACCCAAAACGCAUGUAAUAGAGAAAGGUCCCUUAUUUUCAUCGUUGUCUAACCUUUGAGACGUUAACUUUUUGUCAGGCAUCGGUUCCCUUCUGUUGUCGUUACUCUGAUCCGAUGUGGCAUUACUUCCCCGUGGCUGGCUUGCCUCCCCCGUGGCCUGCCCUUCCCCAGGGCUUAUCACCAUCGCGCAUGUCUGUUGGGAAACACGGUCUGUGGGCUCGGCCUCCUGCUCAGCUAGCGGGUACAGACGACCGCUUGCUAAGGGUCAUUUGCCAGGCAAGCGCUGUGCCGAGCACACUUCGCACGGUAUCUCCUGGAAUUCCUCCCAGAUCCCCUCCCCAUGCUGCGCUAGCCAGGCCUUUGUCACAGGCUAUCAGCUGCAAAGGUCAACACAGUAUAUCGUACACUCUGUCAAGGAAUCAGACUGUGGUGGUGGAGUACACACAUGAUAAAGAUAUGGACAUGUUUCAGGUGGGCAGAUCAACAGAAAGCCCUAUCGACUUCGUUGUUACAGACACAAUUUCUGGCAGUCAGAACAAUGAUGAGGCCCAGAUUACACAGAGCACCAUAUCCAGGUUUGCCUGCAGGAUUGUCUGCGACAGGAACGAACCUUACACCGCACGGAUAUUCGCAGCCGGAUUUGACUCUUCCAAAAACAUAUUUCUUGGAGAAAAGGCAGCAAAGUGGAAAAACCCCGAUGGCCACAUGGAUGGGCUCACUACAAAUGGCGUCCUAGUGAUGCACCCCCGAGGGGGCUUCACUGAGGAGUCCCAGCCUGGGGUCUGGCGUGAGAUCUCUGUCUGUGGAGACGUGUACACCCUGCGAGAAACCAGGUCAGCCCAGCAAAGAGGAAAGCUGGUGGAAAGCGAGACCAACGUCCUGCAGGACGGCUCCCUCAUCGACCUCUGCGGGGCCACGCUUCUCUGGAGGACGGCAGACGGCCUGUUCCACACUCCCACGCAGAAGCACAUCGAAGCCCUGCGGCAGGAGAUCAACGCCGCGCGGCCGCAGUGUCCCGUGGGGCUCAACACCUUGGCCUUCCCCAGCAUCAGCAGGAAGGAGGUGGUGGAGGAGAAGCAGCCUUGGGCCUACCUCAGCUGCGGCCACGUGCACGGCUACCACAACUGGGGCCACCGGAGCGACACGGAGGCCAACGAGCGGGAGUGCCCCAUGUGCAGGACUGUGGGCCCCUAUGUUCCGCUCUGGCUCGGCUGCGAGGCGGGCUUCUAUGUCGACGCCGGACCCCCCACUCACGCUUUCACCCCCUGUGGACACGUGUGCUCAGAGAAGUCCGCGAAAUACUGGUCGCAGAUCCCGUUGCCUCACGGGACUCACGCGUUCCAUGCCGCCUGCCCUUUCUGUGCCACGCAGCUGGUUGGGGAACAGAACUGCAUCAAAUUAAUUUUCCAAGGUCCCGUGGACUGACGCCCCUGACAGCCAUCUACGACUUUAUUAACAAGUUACUGUGAAGAUUUUGCCACUAACUCUAGAUUUUACCUUUUUAUAAUGCUGUUUAUUAAGGGGAAGGGGUGGGCCCUGAGGCUGGGGUGGGGAGGGGACGCAGAGGAGGGGGAGCCCUGGCCAUGCAACAGGCCCGGAAUUUAAGAUCACAGUGGUGUGGUGCAUGCUCCAAACCGCGGCAUUGUCCCUGAAGUAUGCUUGAUGAAACCAUCCUAUCUUUGUAACAAUCGGAUUUCAAAUGCCAUGCUUUUACUUUACCUUCGGGGUUUUUAAACGACGGUUUCCUUUGUAAACUUGGACGAGACUUUAAAUCCUAUUUUACAAACGUAGAAGAAAUUUAUUCAGAAGUUGCUGGCUCUUACUGUGCGCCCUGCGUGCCGUGGGUGCCCCCGGCGAGCCGUGCAGGGCCCGCACGUACUUGGCCGAGGCUAGGAGCUGCGUGGCGCGGAAUCCGCCGCUCCAUACCGCGGGGCUGGGGGGGCGCGCAGGAGACCUUAGGCACAGGGGCGCGUUCUGAAAUCGGGGGCUUUCGGAUUUUUCUUUUUUUGGGAAAAGAACAUCCCUAUGCUGCCGUGUUUUGUUUUUUACUUUGGUGGAAUUCAAUGACUUCAUCCACACAGUCAUCAAAUACCGUGGCAUUUCAAAGAAAUUUCCAUAACUUCUUAGUCCACCUUUUGUUACGUCCGUGAUACUCCACGUGCAUGGCCAGAACUGUUUAGUUGAUUAAAAUGCAGCAACUCCUGAAAAUUUAGUAAUUGAGGGUGAUUAUUGUGGCAUGGCCUAGGUACUACAUCAUCAAGUUUAUCUGCUUACUGGAAUGUUUAGGAUUUAGGAUUAAAAACAAGGUUUUACUUUUUAAAACCACUUGUUGGGGUUUCGUUAAGUUUUUCUCAAGGCGGCCAAAACUCUGGGAGCCGAAAAGCAACAGCUCACAAGGAUGCAGCCAUUCUGGUUCACUCCCUCCCUGCCAUCUGUCACCUUCUCCAGCUUAUGGAGCCCUGUAAGUUUCGAAAAUGUUUGCAAAUCAAACUAAAUUUAAAUGGGAUCAUUAGAUAUACACAACACCAAGUGGUACAUCUGCAGAGAGAAUUUGAAAUUCCUGAUUUCAAGAGAGCAAAUGAGUGUUUACUGAGGAAUAAUUAAAUCAGAAUUUCAUAUGAGCGCCACCACCCUUCUGUUCGUUCCGUUCGUCUUGACUAAUUCUCAGAUGCUCAUUCUCGGUCCUCCGUACUGAGAGCAUCACCGCUCCCAGAAUGUAAAGGUUCUUUAGGCCCGGAGACUGCCACAGCUGGCCGGCAGGAAGCGGAUCCCGCCACAAGCAGCAAGUAUUUUAAACUAACAUUCUCUUAAGUUGACCAUUACAGAUCCAUGCUACAUUUUAACCUUUGUAAGGGUAUAGAAUUUAUAGGAUUCUCACAUACUGUAUUCAUACUUGAAUGUCUUUCCAUUCAAGGAAGUAUGUUGCCCUAUUUUCAAUUGUUCUAACACAUGGUGAAUGUCUUUUUUUCCUGAAAGUGAUUAGAUGAUCUUUGAUUGCUGCUACUUAAUUUGACCUAAUAUCUAGAAAGUUCAGCUUCUCAGUUUUAAAAAAAAAAGCUUUACUUUUCAAAGGAGAUUAUCCUUAAGGAGGAGACUUUUUUUGUUUUGGUAAUUUUUAAGUGAUGUGAAAAAUCCAAAAACAGUCCUCUUGCUAGCUUACUCUAUUCUGUAGGUAAUGUCAUUUUGUCUUCAGGUAGAGUAAGUCAUAAUGUAUCAAAAGCCUUUUUAGGUAGUCUCUGUCCCCAAGGAUUAGCUUUCACUUAAAGUGUCUUUUCAGUUUGUGCUCCUUUGGGCUCCACAAAAUGGCAAAGGGGGCAACAGUCCCUUUGCUUGCUGUUAUGGCUAGAAGGUGGUUUGAGGAGUCUUGAUACUCUAAAAGCAUCUUGUAAGGUAAAUGGCCUUGUACCUAGAAGGGCUGGAUUUUCCCUAUCAGAAACAUUUCUGGAAAGUUACAACGAUCUGCUGUAAUCUUCCAUUUCAAGGACUAUAAUAGUUCAGGGUCUAGCAGUUUUACAUGCAAAACAUGCCCCCAAAUAAUCUUCCAAUGUGAAAAGUUGUUUGUGGGUUUUUGUUUUGUUUUUUACUUUCAGUAAAUGGAGAUAAUGAAGUAAAAGUUGAACUUGGAGUAAUAAAUUCCAAGCUCUGGGAAGGGGGUCAUGGUGCACAGCCCUCUGUCCACAUUGCAUCUCCUUUGACCUCCAAGUGAGGUCCCCUCCCACUCCACCGAAGGAACAGCAGAGAGGGGACAAGUCUGCAAAAAGGAGCCAUGCUCAUGUUGGCCGCUUCUAGUAAGAGUCGCUUAGAAUUUGGACUAAGGAGUUUUCUCCAGAGCUGAGAGUAGUUCAGUUUGUGAGAAUAAAGAGCUCCAGCUCUAUGGAGUAAUGCAGUUUAGAAGAAACUUCUCAGAGGUUAUUUCUCUUUUUGUCUUGCUUGCCACCACAUUAAGGGGGGAGUCCCACUCCUCCAGGUGUCCACAUAGGAAACUGCUGACCGAUUAUCCUGAUCUUGGCCUGACCAAAAUGCCUUUUGUGAAUAGGUCACCAGAAGUAAAACCCCAGUGAUGUAUUCCCAUAGUUAAUUUUUUUCAGUUGUCAGUUUACUUUAAAAAAAAAAAAAAAAGGUGGAUGGAAUACAACUCUGAAUAUUUUUCUAGUCUGGAAUUUUUUUUAUUAAUAAUCGGUGCUGUCGGGUCAUGCAUGCUGCAACUCAACAUUUUCCUUACUUGGUUUCGCUUUUUGCAAAAAGGGCUACGGUUCACACUGCAGAGUAAGUAUUAAACUUUCUAGGUUUUUUAUUUUUUCCCCCAACUGUGGCCCAAAAGAAUUAAAAUGUUUUAAUAUAAAUAGAGAGCAUAUUUAUCAUUCCUCAAUAGUUAAUUAUAGAGUUUGGUACCUUUGUGCCUCAGGGAAGCCACGUGAUAUAACUGGUUCUAGAAUUUCAGGGUUAGGGUUUAAAGAAAGGAGAAAGCCAUUGGAAAAAUGAUGGGCUCCAUGAAGGAGACUGAUGAAUCUGGAUGCAGAAAUAUGCCAGGAGCUGGCAUAUACAUGAUUGUAAUAGAAUUUAUUUCCAGUAUCAAUAGGGAAAUCUUAAGUUAUUGCAGAUACUGUAUUAGGAAAUUUGAAAACUUCAUAAAGCUUCAGUUGCUUUAUUUUUGCUUACAUAAAACUCAAACCCCUGUGUUUUGGGAGCUCAGUAUUGUGAUUUGGGUAAUUUUGACAGUUAAAGGGAGCAUGUUUUCUCCUUUUCUCAUAGCUUACAGAAUUGUUACCUGCAGUUCUAAGAUUUUGAUCAACUUUUUGAAAGCCUUUGGAUUCGUGUGAGAGGAUGUGUGAUCACGGCAUUGUUCAUGCUGGCUACAAGCUAGUUAUCUUCAUGCAGUUUUGCCUUGUAACAGUGGAAUUUCUGAUAGGCAAACCACAGAACCUUGAUCUUAAGCCAGAUCCAACUCCGUUCCCUUGGCAGGCGAUCUUGUAUCCCCGUAGUUCAGCCUUCAUGGGCUGAGGGUAUGAAGUUCCUUCUCCAGGGCUGGAAAUAGAGCAGAGCUCUGUUAUUUCUUCAUGACCCAAAGGCCAAUGAGACAACUCCAGGAAUUUUUUUUUUUUUUUUUUAGAAGAGCAUAAGCAUUACUGAAGUAGUAAAAUAAGGUUCAGUGUUUCUUUUCAGUAAAACUUACAUCCUCUCAAGUUUUUGCCCUCGUGAAAAAGCCCUAGAGGAAGAUAGGAAGAAGCAAAUAUUUUUCCAGUUCUACUUAACCGUUUCUAAACAAAAAUAAACUUGAUGAAAGGGAAAUUAUUUCUUUUUAGCUGAGAUGACAUUGUUUCUCUGUAUUAAAUAGUCUAGAAGUUAAGGGGUGGUCAUAUUUACCAUGUAUAGUGUUAUGAGCAGUUAAAUUUUAUGGAUAUAUUUGUAAAACUGUUCUUUUAUAUUUCAUGUCAAAUUGAAAAGUUUAUUUCUUCACUAUUGUACCUGUGGAAAUACAAGCCAUUUUACAGGAAAAAAAUCUUCAAAAAUUAUUAAACGAAUCUCAGUA